AUGUCGCCGAGAGCGAUGAUGAAUGCAGAAGCUGACGAGGAGAAAGAAGGAGGAAAUCCGAGCGAAACGUUACAACCGCUCCAAACGUAUAAGAAUCGAUUGCGACGAGUAGAGAGAGAGUUGAGCGCGAUCGUUUCGAGUUUACGAGACGACGCAGAAGGGACGACAGGAGGAAUUGAAGAAGCGGCGGCCGUCACCGAAGAUGAAUUCGACUUGCGGCAGUUUUCUGGCGUCGUAUCGAAAGCCGACCUCGACGCCAUCCGCAAAGCGUUACACGAGAACGAACUCGGGAACUUUUGGGAAAUCGCGCUCGGCGCGAACCGGUACUUGAACGGCGGCAUUAAAUCCGACUUCGCGCGAGGCGAGGAGGAUUUAUGGAAGCUCGCGCCAAAGAAAUCGGAAGCUAUUUCGAACUUUUUAACCCCCGAUUUCAACAACGCGGACGACAAGUUGUGUCUCAUAUACUCGUGCGUGAACGACCCGAGCGCGCCGCCGAGCAUAGACGUGUUAUACGCGCUGAAAUUAUUCGACGAAGGUUUGAAGGAAGCGAGCAAGAAAGGUAAAAAAAACGUCACGAGGGACGGUUUACGCGAAGUCGCCAAAGACGCUUUAGAGAAGUUGCUCACGUACGAGCGGUUGAUCGAGCGAGAGGCGGAAGACGGGAAGAGCGACGCGUCGUGGAAGAAUCCAGCUUUCGGUAAAGGGUGGCACGGGACUGGCAUUUAA